GAAAAAGACCUCGGUUAACUUUUGUUUUUUUUACAAUAAUUGUUUAUUGAUUUUUUCGCAUGGUAUUUGUAUAUUUUGUGUAAAUACUGUUAAAGCUACUAAUGUUGUAAAACCAAACAAUGCUUCAACCAAGUGGUGUUUAAUCAUGAGCAACCAGUGGUAUAACUACCCACCGCCGAAUGCUCAGUGCAAUCCGCAGUAUCCUCAAUCAGCACCGCCAAAUCCAUCUUGUCCCCAGUGGGAUAAUUCGCAAUAUUCUCAAAGUGGCCAAUACAAUUACCCGGUAGUUCCUUCAUACCCGCCACCGCCCGUUCCAAGGGCCCCGUCGGGAGUUUUUUCCACACCACCACCAGGAGUCCACCCCCAAAAUUUCGGAUACAAUUAUCCCCCGCAACAGUUUCAGUUUGUUCGCCCGCCUUGCGCUGUUAACGAUUACGCCAAGGAUUUGGAGAAUUACAAGUUCAUCAAGUCGAAAAUCAGUGGCACUGAAAUUGAAAAGAGUUACGAACAACUUGAUACAGAAAGAGAAUACAAUUCUACAUCUAAUAGGCAUUGGAGAUCUUCUAGCAGCAGUAGUUAUAGAAGCACCAAUGAUGGUAACAGGAACAAAAGAGACUCCAGGUCCAGGAGUAAUUCUAGAGAAAGGAGAUAUCGAAGGGAGAGGAGCGUUUCUAAAAGAAGCCACCGAACGAGAUCGAGAAGCCGAUCGGAGUCGCCUCAUCGAAAUGCAGGAGGUUUUAAAAGAAAGUGCAGAUCGAGGUCUAGAAGUGGAUCGAGAUCACCUUAUCGCGCUCCAUCCAGCUCUAUGAGUUCCAAAUCGCUCGAAAGAUCCAGGAAUCCCCCUACCGAAAGAGACCAACUGCUGACGAAAUGGCGAAGGAAUUACUGCACCACCAAGCAGCAGCUCUCCAGCAAACUGGAAGAACUGGCUUCCAUGAGCAUAGAGGAGAUUCUCGAGAACGAAAAGACCAUUUGGACCAGAUCGACUCCGGCCGAUUUGUUCUACGUCAGGGACGUCGAUAAUCCCAAAAUCAUGAUCGCCACCGACCGGCUGGUCCAGCUCUGCGACAAUUUCGAGGAUCAACUGGUGACUAGGGCUCGACAAGUCAACGCUCUGAAGCCCAAAUACGAGCCGCCGCCCAGGAAGAACCGAGCCAGGUUGUGCAAGCACAAGACCGAAGCUCAGAGUAGUUCUGAUAGCUCGGAUGAGAAUCUAACGGACGAGGAAGAUUGCACUAUGGAAGAAUUGCACCGGAAGCAGCAGCAUCCUGAUAGAUUGCAUCCGGAAAUGUGGUUUAAUGAACCGGGUGAGAUGAACGACGGGCCUCUCUGUAGAUGUUCGUUAAAAUCGAAGAAAUCCGGUAUUCGACACGGGAUAUAUCCGGGAGAGAUGCACCUUGAGAUGUGCAACAUGAAAAGUAAUAAUGCCGAUAGAUUGCAUCAUUACAGGAUUACUAUAUCGCCUCCUACUAAUUUUCUAAUCAAAACCCCUACUAUUAUUCACCAUGACGAGCACGAAUUCAUAUUCGAGGGGUUUUCGCUGUUUUCUCACCAUCCGUUAGAAAAAUUGCCCAACUGUAAAGUUAUUCGCUUCAAUAUCGAAUACACUAUUUUAUACAUAGAAGAAAAAAUACCGGAAAAUUUCACCGUGAGGGAACUAGAUCUGUUUAAUGAAUAUCUGUUUAAAGAAAUCCUGGAACUUGUUGAUUUGGAUUUCAAGGCUUCUGGGGAUAAAGAAGGAUGCGCCCAGUUCCACUUCAUGCCGAGAUUCGUCAGGGAAUUGCCCGAAAACGGAAAAGAAAUUUUAUGCAUGAGCGAAGUGCUGCAUUAUUUAUUAAAGAACUCCCAGCCUUUAAUCAAUCAAUCGGAAUUGCAGGGCAUGAUGGGAAUGUCGCAGUACGAAUGGCAGAGUUACGCCGAUGAAAUCAAAGGUAUGAUUGUAACGUAUCCAGGCAAAAGACCUUGCUCGGUGAGGGUCGAUCAAUUGGACAGAAACAUCGAUUUGCAAAAGGAAGGCAAGUACAAGUUCCCGGAAAUCGUUCAUUUCGGAAUCAGGCCGCCCCAAUUGAGUUACGCAGGCAAUCCAGAGUAUCAAAAAGCUUGGAGAGACUACGUCAAGUUCCGUCAUCUCUUAGCCAACAUGUCCAAACCGACCUACGAAGAUAAAAGAAAGCUGGAAGCCAAAGAAAACAAACUACAAGAAAUGAGAACCCAAGGCAAAAUGAAACGGGACGUGACCGUUGCCGUAUCCUCCGAAGGUUUCUACAGGACCGGUAUCAUGUGCGAUAUCAUACAGCACGCCAUGCUGAUUCCUGUUCUGGUGUGCCACCUGAGGUUCCAUCACUCGUUAAACGUGCUGGAGGAGUCUGUAGAGUAUACAUUCGCCAAUCGCGCUCUUCUGCAGCUCGCUUUAACGCAUCCAUCUUAUAAGGAAAACUUCGGAACGAAUCCAGAUCACGCGAGAAACAGCCUGACCAACUGCGGCAUACGCCAGCCCGAGUACGGAGACAGGCGUAUACACUACAUGAACACGAGGAAGAGAGGAAUAAAUACGCUGAUUAACAUAAUGUCCAGAUUUGGGAAGCAACAAGAAACCGAAUCGAAUAUAACGCAUAACGAGCGACUGGAAUUUCUGGGCGACGCCGUGGUUGAAUUUUUAUCUUCGAUCCAUCUCUUCUAUUCGUUUCCAGAUCUGGAAGAAGGAGGUUUGGCGACUUACAGGGCAGCUAUUGUUCAGAAUCAACAUCUCUCCGUAUUGGCGAAAAUUUUGAAAUUAGACCAGUACAUGUUGUACGCGCACGGAUCGGAUUUGUGUCACGACUUGGAACUCAGGCACGCGAUGGCGAAUUGUUUCGAAGCCUUAAUGGGAGCGUUGUUUCUGGAUGGAGGAAUAGAGGUGGCUGAUAAGAUUUUUUCGGCGACGUUCUUCCACAGCAACCCGGAGCUGCACGAGGUGUGGGUGAGCCUGCCGCCGCAUCCGCUGCAAGAGCAGGAGCCGCUGGGCGAUCGGCAGUGGAUCGAAAAAUUCGACAUUUUGCAGAAUUUGGUGAAGUUCGAGCAAUCGUUGAGCGUGGAAUUCAAGCACAUUCGGCUCUUGGCGAGGGCCUUCACCGACAGGAGCGUGGGGUAUACGAACCUGACGAUGGGGUCGAACCAGAGGUUGGAGUUUUUGGGGGACACUGUGCUGCAGUUGAUCGCUUCCGAUUACUUGUACAAAUAUUUCCCCGAGCACCACGAGGGUCAUUUAUCGUUGUUGAGAAGUUCUUUGGUGAAUAACAGGACACAGGCUGUCGUUUGCGAUGAUUUAGAUAUGUCGAAAUAUGCAAUUUAUAACAAUCCUAAAGCAGAGUUGAAGACUAAAGAUAGAGCGGAUUUGUUGGAAGCUUUUAUAGGAGCUUUGUAUGUUGAUCAGGGAAUGGAAUUUUGUGAAGUAUUUUGCCAAGUAACGUUAUUUCCUCGUUUACAAGACUUCAUUAUGAACCAAGAUUGGAAUGAUCCCAAAUCGAAAUUGCAGCAAUGUUGUUUAACUUUACGCACUAUGGAUGGAGGAGAACCCGAUAUACCGGUUUAUAAAGUAAUAGAAUGUAAAGGACCCACUAACACGAGAGUGUACACAGUUGCUGUAUACUUUAGAGGUAGAAGGUUAGCCAGCGCUAUGGGCCAUAGUAUUCAACAAGCUGAAAUGAAUGCUGCUAAAAAUGCUUUAGAAAUAUCGCAAGAUUUGUUUCCACAAUUGGAUCACCAAAAGCGAGUUAUAGCUAAGAGUAUGAAAAAACAGAAAAGAAAAUGCCCCUCUGGAAGAGGCAGGACUAAUCAAUCUACAUCAAAGUCGCCUGAGAGAUAUUCAAAAAACAGAUUCUACAGAUCCAGAUCAAGGUCCCCUGAAGCUUACGAAAGGCGACCGCAGAGCAGUCACCGCACAGGGACAUAAUUAAGCAGAAAUGUAUUAUUACAAAAAUUUUGAAAAAAUAGUUUAAGCCAAUACGGAAUUUAUUUUACAUUUAUUUCGCCUUCAUCUAUAGUGUACUAUAACGAUUUUACUUGUAAAAUUUUAUUUGAAAUAUUUUUAACAAAUUAGUAGCCAUAAUCAACCGCAUUACUCAAAUAAACGAUUUGUUAAAAUAACUCUCCGAAUGAUUUUUUUUUCAAAAUUUGCUUCUUGCUGUUAAAAGAAAUAAUAGGCUUAUUUAAAAUUACAUUUUGUCCAUAAAGUGAGGUUGUCCGUUUUUUUCCAACCUUCUGGUCAAAAUCUCACAGCCAGUUUCGUUUACCAACAAAGUCUGUUCAAACUGAGCUGACCAUCGACCAUCUGCUGUCACCGCUGUCCAUUUAUCCGGCCACAUUUCAUCCCUCCAUGUCCCUUCGGAAAUCAUCGGUUCAAUUGUGAAACAAUGCCCCGGCUUCAUCACGCCAACUGCCCUAUUUUCUGAAACAAUAAGCA